AUGUACAACGCGCACCGUGGCAUGCCUGGGCCCCAGCAGGCCCCCGUCAGCAGACUCGCCGAGCUCCUUGACCAAGUGAGGGCUGAGUUUGAGGCUCAAGCAAGCCGCACGACAGAGCAUGAGCACCAAUGUAAGUAGCUCCAGCAUUCCGCAAGUUGCUCGGCAAAGGCGUUUGCGCAAGAGGUGAUGGACGUGAAAACGAGGAGCGAAGAGUGAUGCACCUCCAAUCUUCGCUUUGAUGACGACGCCUACACCUUUGGUGCCGCAAGGACGAUGGCUGCAAGACUAUGCAAUGUACGAACUUCACGAACCCACGGCAAUAAGCUAACGGAAUUUCUGAAAUGCAGUGCACGCUCAAAUCCAGGAGAUGGAUUUGAUUAGAACGAAAGUCUACCAAUUGGACAACAGCCAUGUGCAGAUGAAGCAGAAGUGAGUAUAGCGUAUAUCCAGAUGCUCACGGUAGUACUCGCUGACCCCAUCAAGAUACGAGGAGGAGAUCGCGCGCCUUCGACACGAGCUCGAGCAGCGCGGAGGUCCUUCUCAAGGCCCUCACGCGGCACCUUCGCAACCACCUCCUCCUGCCAUCGGUCACGGUCCGGCCAAUCUCUUCCAAGGCAUCAUGGCCGGCGGACAAGGUGGUCCAGGGCUUGCGCCUCCACCUCAAGAGCAGCAGGGCCAGCCUGGCAUGCCAGGUCACAUGCAAGGUCAAGGCCCACCUGGAGGAUUGAACCCUCCUCCAGGUCCUCCACACAACCCUUUCGCAUAUGGACAGCCGCAAGGCCCGGGAGGAAUGAAUGGCUACGCUCCGCAACAGCCACCGCAGCCGACUGCCUCACCCGGCGGUGGCAAGCCUCGCAUUGCUGGACCUCCACCAGGUGUUCGCGGCCCAGCAACGCCGCAGCAGGCUCCAGCGAAUGCAUACCCAGGCUCGCCUCAUGUCCCGAGGCCAACGCCUCCACCAAAUCCCCACGGCCAUAUCGCGCCCGAUUUUCAGUACACCCAGGGACAGAUUGAGCACAUCAACAAUACCCUAUCCGAGUAUGAGCCUGACAAGCUCCCACCACAUCUGAAGCGCCAGGGCGAUGACUGGCACGCGGUUUUCAACCCCAAUGUCCGCCGAAGGCUGGAUGUGGAUCUCGUUCACAACUUGGCUCACCAGAGCGUCGUCUGCUGUGUCCGCUUCAGCCACGACGGUCGCUUUGUCGCCACUGGUUGCAACCGAUCGGCUCAGAUCUUCGACGUCAACAGUGGCAAGCAGGUCUGCCACCUGCAAGACAACACGACCAACUCAGAAGGCGACCUGUACAUCAGGAGCGUUUGCUUCAGUCCUGACGGCCGCUUCCUCGCUACCGGCGCAGAGGAUAAGAUCAUUCGCGUCUGGGAUAUUCACAACAAGGCGAUCCGUCACCAAUUUGCUGGUCAUGACCAGGAUAUCUACUCGCUCGACUUCGCAUCGGAUGGCCGCUACAUCGCUUCUGGCUCCGGUGACAGAACCAUUAGAUUGUGGGAUCUCCAAGACAACCAGUGUGUGCUUUCACUCCAGAUAGAGGACGGUGUUACUACCGUCGCAAUGUCCCCUAACGGUCGAUACGUUGCUGCUGGAAGUCUUGACAAGAGCGUGCGCAUCUGGGACACCUCUUCGGGCGUUUUGGUUGAGCGGACCGAGGGCGAGCAAGGCCACAAAGACAGCGUCUACUCCGUUGCCUUCAGCCCUGGUGGCGAACAUCUCGUGUCAGGGUCAUUGGACAAGACCAUCAGAAUGUGGAGGCUCAAUCCACAAGGCCGCAGUUACCAGGGCAUGGGCGGCAGCAACAACUCUAAGAGCGGCGAGUGCGUCCGCGUGUUUGAAGGGCACAAGGAUUUCGUGCUCAGUGUGGCACUGACUCCAGAUGGUGCUUGGGUCAUGUCCGGCUCCAAGGACCGCGGCGUGCAGUUCUGGGAUCCAGAGACUGGCCAGGCUCAGCUUAUGCUUCAGGGCCACAAGAACAGCGGUAAGUUAGGACUAGCCCUCACAUGCGAACCACGUGCUGACUCAUCCUCUAGUCAUCUCCGUUGCUCCAUCACCAAUGGGUGGCCUCUUCGCGACCGGCUCUGGAGACAUGAAGGCCAGAAUCUGGCGCUACGCUCCGUACACUCAGGCAGGCGGGCCUUAG